AUCCUAGAGAGAGAAAAAAAAAAAGAUUUGCUAUUGUGAAUUUGUGAUAGAAUUUUUAGAGAGAGUGAGAGAGAAGCAAAGGCCUCACGACGCCACCACCACCACCUCCACCACCACAUCCCUUCCAACAAACUCCACUUCUCUAAUGAAUUCCAUUGAAUAAAUUUCACCAAAAUUGGUUCUUUUUUUCAUUUUCCGCAAAUUGUUAGAUCCACCUAUCACUUUCUCAGCUCCCCUGACUCCGAUUCGCCAGCAUUGCCUUGAUUUUUCACCAUUUGGAUGUUCUCCUUCUGCAAGAAUUGGAUCUCGAUCUGGUAGAUCUGGUGCUGAGUUCUUCAUUGGUUUUGAGAUUUUAGCCAGACUUAUUCGGUUCAGCUGGAAAGCUUGGGGAUUUUUGUGGUUUUGCGUUGGUUUUUGAGUGUUUGUGAGCGAUUUGGAUGUCAAUGAAUUCGGACACGCAGUUGGAUUUUGCUGUGUUUCAACUAUCUCCCAGACGCUCGCGGUGUGAAUUGUUUAUUUCAAGUGAUGGAAAGAUGGAGAAGAUUGCCUCUGGAUUUUUCAAGCCAUUUGCUAGCCAUUUGAGAGUCUCAGAAGAGCAAGCACUGCAGUCAAUCAAGCUUGAGGUUGAGAAGCAACGAAAUGCAGUACAUUGGUUCAAUAAAGGAACUCUUGAAAGGUUUGUUCGAUUUGUUAGUACUCCGGAGUUAUUGGAGUUGGCCAAUACAUUUGAUGCUGAGAUGUCACAGUUGGAAGUAGCCAGGAAAAUAUACUCUCAGGGGAGUGGAGAUCAGCUUACGCAGACAUUGGGCGAAAAUGAAGCAACCACUACAGCAACUUCGGAUACUACAAAGAAGGAGCUUCUCCGAGCCAUUGAUGUGCGACUGGCUGCUGUCAAGCAGGACUUAACAAUGGCCCUUGCUCGGGUAUCAGCUGCUGGUUUCACGCUUGACAAUAUUUGUGAACUAUCUUCCUUUGCAGAGCAUUUCAGUGCACAUCGCUUGAAUGAGGCAUGCAAAAAGUUAAUUUCCUUGUGCCAACGAAGGCCUGAGCUUAUAUGCAAUCAGCAUUGGCCUCCAUCAUGGAAGGAUUGGGAUGAUGGGAAUGUCCGUUCCUCUUCUGGCUCCGACAUGUCAAUUGAUGAGCCUGAGGCUGGAGUAGACAUCCAAAUCAAACAAUCACAUAAGCCAAAGAACACCAGGAUUCCAUUGGAACCAACACAACAAGCUGCAGCUGACCCUACUCCUAUGUUUCAAGGACCCCAAUUUGUCCAGCAAUGUCUUAAGCAAGGUGAAGCAGACAAAACAGUGAAGGUUCCACCUUCAAAUUCUGCUGAGCCUGAUCGGCUGGCUGGUGGCGGUCCAUCAAAACGGCUUAGUGUGCUGGACCGUAUCAACCUUUUUGAAAGUAAGCAGAAAGAACUAUCAUCAACUCCUAAUAGUUCAAGCAGCGGACCAAGUAGCAGAAAUCGGGUGGCAGUGGGGAAGGUGGAACUGAGGAGGCUCUCAUCUGAUGUGUCUGCGGAGAAGUCAGUGUUAAGGAGAUGGAGUGGCGCUAGUGACAUGAGCAUUGACCUUAACAAUAAUAACAGCAGUGAGAGGAAGGGUACUGGCAGCGCUACAGGGACUUCCUCUUCAUCUAUCAAUUCUCAGUCUCAAUGUGAUAGCGAAUUUCAAGUGAAAGCAUCUGGUGAGUUGAAGGACACUGCAACAACAGAGUCUUCCUCUGGUUCCCAAGAGAAUGAAGUAGGCACUUCAUCCUCUUCGUCACGAAUGCUUCAAUUUGUCUCUCUUCCUAGGGAUAGAGAUCAAGUCGUAUUCAAGGAGCAGGCUAGCGACAAUGCUUGGAUGAAGCAAGGUGGGGGGAAGGAACAGGGAGAUACAAAGCCCCAGUUUGGUACUUCUUUGGGCAAAGCAGACCAUGAUGGACUUAAUGAUCAAAUUGAUGCUUCAUUUCAACCAAAAUCUUUGGUGAACCCAGUGGAGAGUGUUGACCUGAAGCAUCAGGCAACUACUAUUUUACUGGAGCAAGGUGGGAAGACAGAGCAAGAAGCCUCACAGAUUCCAUCCAAAGCCAUUUCAUCUGCCACAGGGCAUGUUGGAAAUGAAGUACCUGAAGGUUUCAGUUCCCUACCAAAAUAUUUUGGUACCGAUCCCAGUGGCUUCAGAAGGAGGGAGCAAUCAGCCUCGGUGACCCUACUGAAAGUAUCCCCACGAACAAAGGAAGUCAGCCGAAAAUCAAAAGAGCAACCAGAUUCUCAGAUUCAAAUGCGCACUUCCUUGAGUAGUGCAGAAAGAAUUACCUUGAAGAUUGAUCCAGUUAAUUCUCAAUCUCAUUGGAAAACUUUUCCUUCGAAAUUGGAGCAAACAACUAAGAAAGAGGCUUCUACUUCUGGGGCACAAUUGGGGGCAUUCCCAGUUGAAGGAGAUUCUGGUCUUCAAGGAAUAAUGCUAUGUAGGCAAACAUCUUUUCCUGAUCCAAGUAGGACCCAUGGAAGCAGAAUUGCAAGAAAAUCCUCACGAGGAAAUGACAAUCUGGUUUCCUCAAGGACAGAGACUAAUCAAAGCCUGGAUGAUUUUGACCCACCUUCUACUAUUUCUGUUGAACAGAUCCAGGCAAUGAGACCAUCAAAAGGAAAUUAUGAACUAAAUGAUGAGCUACAAGUGAAAGCUGACGAGUUGGAAAAACUUUUUGCUGCUCAUAAGCUCAGGACCCAUGGUGAUCAGUUGGGUUCCUCUAGGAGAGGCAAGCCAGCUGAUGUGCCUACGGUUGCUGAAAAGCAAAAAAUGGAUCCUCUUGCUGACCAAUUGAUAGACAAGAAUAAAGUGAUAGAAAACACAAGCAAUGGAGGGGAAAUGGAAUUUGAUGCCAAUUUGCUGUUGAACAUGGUAGAUAAUCUGGCUAGCAUUAACAGUAUGAAUCAGAAGUUUGGUGGUCUCAGUCCAUCAGUUGACUACAGAGGAAAAUUUUACGAGAAAUAUAUGAAAAAGAGGGAUGCAAAGCUGAGGGAAGAGUGGGGAUUAAAAAAAGCUCAAAAGGAAGCAAAGAUGAAGGCAAUGCAUGAUAGCCUAGAACUUAGUCAAGCUGAAAUGAGAGCCAAAUUUGCAGUGGGCAGCAGACAGGAUCUAACUCUUGCACAUCUCCGUGCAGAGAAGCUGAGGUCAUUUUGCAACCGUUCAAAUGUGAAAAACAAAGAUCAGUUCGACUUGUUCACGUUUUGGCAACAGAUAGUAGGUUCCUGCUGGGGAAAGGAUGAAAUAAACUCACAAGAUAUGGCUGAACAUAAACUCUAUGGUGAUGGUUCAUCUGUAAACCUUCAUCCAGAAAAGCUCUCGUCACAUAAAGCCUUAUCUUCCAUGACUUCUCAAACAUCAGUGGCACAGUUUUCCAGCUCUUCUAUCAAACAUGCCUACUCUGAUUCAAUUGGGAAAAGGACCAAAUCUGAAAAUCUGCUUGCUCAGUCAGUUCCUAAUUUGUCCAACGUCAGGAAGGAGAACACGAAGCCAUUUGCAGGAGUGAUUAAUGCAAAUAAUCAUGUAAAGUUCACAAAUGCUCAAAACAUAGGCAUGAAUGAAGAGACUAAAUAUGUCAAAGAUGAGAGACCACACACAGCCUUGAAAAAAAUUUCGGUUAUUCCCAGUGAAUUGCAGAAUUUUUUCACUGUGGUAAAUCAAAAACAUUUCUUCGGAAGGGUAGUGGAGUAGGUCCUGGUGCCAGGGCUGGUAUAACUGAACUGAAAGCCUUAUGGCUUCAAAUAUCUAGAAAUAUGGAGAAAAUUUUAGGACGCUGGUGAAUCAAACAGAAGCUUCACCUCAUGUGGUUAGAGAUGAAGAAUAUAAAAGAACAUCAACAUAAAAUUUGAGGUCAUAGUUUUUCCUUCUGAUUCAGAUACAGAGAAGCAAAAACUGAGCAGAGAUUCAGUAAGUUUUCUAGAUCAUAGAUGAGAUAAUUGUGAUGUUUCUAGGUCACUGUCUGAGGCCAAUGAUGAUCAGUCUACUCUUUCUUCCAAGUUCAACAGGAAAAUAUGCAAGGAUCAACCAGACGAGACCCUGGAUUAUGGAAUUCACACCCUCCUCAUUCUUUGUAUGUACAGGAGGCGCCAUGUAUUGAUCUUACUGUAGAUAUUUAUUCAGGCAUUCCAGCAUCAUGGGACUCCCAUCUGCUGAACCAGAUAAUGGAGGUUGAUGUAUCUCAAAUGAGAAAGAAAUGGGGAUGCUCUCAACUUCUACUCUCGUUGCUAAUGUGUCCCAUUAAUCAAACAAUGAUCUAAAAAAAGGCUUCAAACACUUGUUAAAAUGUUGAAGGCAAAGUAAUGGGACAGAGAACCUACUAACUGACUGGGUGUCUUCCUUGACUGCUGCUAAGGGUGAGGAUGAUACAGAUUAUGGCAGUGAUCUAGAAGUAGGAUAAGGAAAUUGAAAAUGAGCUAUUCAUUUUCUUCAUUUGAUAACCUUAAGGACGGGGAUAUAUUCCAUAAUCAAGUUCAAUCCAUGCAUAGCUCCAUUAAAUUGCCUCUGUCCAACUUCAGAUCGAGGGGGAACCAUCUAUGUGAGAGCUCCCGAUAAGUUUCAAUACAGUUGACAUUGGUACAAAUCAUGCGAAAUUUUGAAGCACAUCUGUCUAUCUUCUCUCUUUCAGUAUUUUGAAAGGAGGAUAAUGAAUCCAAGUACUGGUGACAAAUCAUAUUCUGUUGCAGAAUUUCCCAUUCGAUGUUCAACAUCCAUUCUCUAAUUUGCAAAUAUAUUGACAUUCUUUACUGCUAGGGAUCCAUAUGAUCAUCUACCUGCUUGUUGGUCAGUUUAGUGAAGAAUUGAACUUGCAGAGUUCUUUAAACAGU